UCUCCUGAGAGGCUCUGGCGAGGGGCAGGGCCGCGUUCGUCCGGGACCCGCCUCAAGGCUCGCAGCCUUUCACCCGGUUUCCUCCCGAUUCUUGCUGGGACAACAUAAUUGGGAAGCGGUUCUCGAAACAUACUCUCAAGGCGUAGUUGCAGAACUUCAUAUGUGAUUAAAGAGAUGGGCUAAAUUACCCUGGAUUGUCUGGGUGGCUGGACAUAAUCAAAGAGUUCUUAUGAGAGGAAGACAAGAUGUCAAGAGAGGGGAGAAGACUCUACACUGCUGGCUUUGAAGAUAAAGGGAGGAGCUCUGAGCAAAGGAUAACAGUUUGGUCACCCAACUCACAUUGAUGCCUUAAGACCCAGCUGAUUUCUCUUCAUUUCUGCAAAGUUACUGUACCAUGGCAGGCCAACGAACAUGUCAAAGGAGGAGCAGCAGAGCUGGCCCCAGGAAAAUGCAAGAACCUCCAAAGAGCAUUGAAGAAUUCUUAAAGUUUCAAAAUUGGGAUUAUUGGCCAAGGGAAAUCCAUUUUAGAGAUGAUGAUAAAUGGUCAUGCACUCUGAAAAAAAUAAAAGAAGAUAGUUCAUUUGUUUCAAUUUAUACACACCUAUGGAAAAAUGUUCCUCGAAUAUUUGAAGCACUUUUGAUCAUGGAAUCAAAAUUAAGGGAAUAUUCACUUAUUUUGCAAAACCACACCUCUAAAAUAUUUAAGUGGAAAAGCAUGAUUCCUGAGACAAGUUCUUAUAGAAAAUUGGAACGAUAUGGGGAAUUUCUAAAGAAGUACCAUAAGAAAAAAAAGAUAAUGCUUUCAGAUGAAAUGGAGACAGAGAAGAAUAUAGAGGGUUGCAGCUUCACAGAAUUCAAAGCAAAUGAACUUACUCAGCUACCCAGACAUUUGGAUGCUGAACAAAUUUAUCUUUUUAUUUUAAAAGCCCAUAAUUUUGAUGAAAGAGUUUUUAAAAUCUGGAAGACUCAUUUUCUCUCAGAAGCCUCCAUUGCUCUUUUGCAUGACUCCUUUUGGUGGUGGUUUCUCCAUAAAUUUCGGCCUGACAGAGAAAACCAAGAUUGCUUAUUCGAUAGAAUUUCAGAAAGUUAUGUGACACUUUUCAUGAGCAUACCUCUAAGUCGAAAGGAUGCAUUUUUUCAGAUAUAUCCUGAUUGUUUGGCACAAGCCAUAUAUACAACGUUCCAUGAAGCAUUUCCAGAAUCGAGUUACCUCUUUAAUGAUGAAUUUAAAGAAGAUCUAGGGAAUAACAUUUUUCUUUGGUGUUCAGGUUUAAAACCUCAAAAAGGCUUUUGGACCCACUGGAAACUGAAAGAACUCUCCACAACCACCAUUCAUGGUAGCAAAAAAGCACCUGCAAAAUCAGUAAAGGAAAGAAUUGCAGACAGUCAAGAACGUAUAUCAACUACUAUCGACUUCAAUAUUAUAAAGAUUCUAAACAAUCCAAGAGCAUAUACAUUGCCCAUAUCCAAGGAAGAAUCAAGAUUAUCAAGACUAGCAACAAAGUCGCACUAUAGUAGUACUGGUCCAGAGUUUAAUCGUGUUCUCUUCAAUUUUGGAGGUCAGAGUCCAUUGAUUUUAUAUUAUCUUAAGAUGCAUGAGCUGGCUGGUAUUUCCAAAGCUUCUAAGAAAACCAAGAUUAAACUCACUAGGAUAUUCCAGGAACCACUACCUGCUCCAACAUACCGUGAUGUUAUAAAGGAGGCAAAAAGACAAUUUGCAAGGAACCAAAAGGAUUUUAGGAUGGAAAAGCUCAGAAUUAAUGAAGAAAUAAAACUUCUAAAACGGCAGCAGGAAAGAAUUGACAAGGAGCUUGAUAGAUCUCUGGAAAGGUUCCUACUGCUUCCUGAAUUCAACCAUUCAAGUCCUUCAUAAAUAUUUCUUGAAUGAAUACUUGGUGACAGAUACCAUGAGAUUCCUGGAUCCCUGCUCACAAUGAGCAUACAGUCUAGUAAGCGCUCUCACCCACUGGCCUUUUCCAUCUCCCUCUCUUUCUUUCCUGUAUUUCUCCCUUGCCAGUCUCUUUUACUCUUCUCUCCCCACUGUCACUCCUUAAACUCUGGGCUGGAGCCUCAUGAGUGGAAUCAGUUAGAACAGUACUGUGUGAACCAGCUAACUAAAGAGGAUGUGCCACGGCUGGGACGAGAACCACACAGUGGGUGGAAUUGAAGGCUUGAGUCACAAUGCUUGGGUUCAGACUGUCUCCUUGCUAAGUGUAUGACUAUUGUGGAUGUGUGUGUGUGUGUGUUGCACACCUGCACAUGCAGCGGGGGUGGUUGUCUGAACCUAUCUGAGCCUGUUUCCUCAUUUAUAAAAUAGGAUAAAAGGAGUACCUACUUCAGAAGUUUUAAGGGUAAUUGAAUUAAUAUAUGUAAAGUGCUUGGCGAAUGCCCAGCAUAUUAAAUUCUUAAUAAAUGUUGGCUAUUAGAUGGUGUCAAUACAAGGACAAUUAGUUUGGUUACUGAUUUUCUUUAUUCCAUGAUUAGACUCCAAGCAAAGGCUACCAAGAAACCUCAUGAAGUGAAACAGGACUUUGAGACGUUCCUACAUAAACUGGUAGGUUUUCUUUCUGAAAAUAAUUGAGAAUUCUCUCUCUAGCUUCUUUUAUAUAGACUGGACGAUAUUUCAUAAGCAAUGUAUGGUAGCACACCCAAAUUACAGUGGCAGGAGAGGAUACAUUCUUGUCACUUAAUCAUCCACAUGCACAUGUAAGAAAAUCUCUGUUUUACAUAUUUAGUGACAACUCAUGUUCACGUUCCCCAUUUCCAGCUUCUGACCAGGAACAGUUUAUGUAACUGAAAAGCUCCAAAUGCAGUUAGAAUUACAAACUAAUAAUCACUGAUGUUUGAAGUUGUAUUUUGUUUUUCAUUAAUAAUUCAACAAAAUCAUAUUGGGUACCAACAUUUGUGUUAGAUGAAUGGUCCCUGCCCUCAAUUAAUGGAAACACAAGGCAGAAUAUGAUAAGGUUCUAAACAGGACUCAAGUAUGAGAAAGAAAAGAAAGGAGCCUGUUCCAUCUUUCUGAUUUUCCUUGUCAUCUUCUCUUUUGCUUCUCUUUACUUAUGGGCAGUCUUGUUAAGUCUGAAGGGCUUCUUCCCUCCCAACAGACAAGAACAUGUAGAGACUAGUGUAUAAUAUGUCUGAACACUGGAGAAUUGGAGGUCAGGGAUAGAGGAGAGCCUUUUAUUUUCAGCAUGUCAAGGCUUCCAUUCAAAAAUCUAGAGCAAUCCCAUUGGCUGCUAGUAUAAUGUCAAAAAUGGGUCAAAUCAAAUUCCUACAUGGGCCAGAAAAGUGAUAGGAAGAGUGAAACACCUCAGUGUUGUAUAAUAUACAAACAGGACAGUAUAAUAAGCAAACAGGACUAUUCUUUUUCUUUUUUUGUUGUUGAAACAGGGUCUCACUCUGUCACCUGUCAUCC